CGGGAGCGGGCUCUGCUCGGCGGCGGCGGCGCGGCCCGACGGGCCGGGGUGGCAGCCCCAUGGCCCUCUUCGCCAGAGCCAGCAGCCAUCCUAACACAACAGACCCCGUUCCCUGUGGGGCAAACAGCACCACAGAGCCCGAGCUGCCCCAUUCGCACGCCUACUACGCCCUCUGCUACUGCAUCUUGAUUCUGGCCAUCAUCUUUGGGAAUGUGCUGGUCUGCCUGGCUGUGCUGAGGGAACGCGCCUUGCAAACCACAACCAACUACCUCGUGGUGAGCCUGGCCGUGGCAGAUUUGCUGGUGGCUACUUUGGUGAUGCCGUGGAUGGUGUACCUGGAGGUGACCGGAGGCGUCUGGACGUUCAGCCGUAUCUGCUGCGAUAUCUUCGUCACCAUGGACGUAAUGAUGUGCACAGCCAGCAUUCUGAACCUCUGUGCCAUCAGCAUUGACAGGUACACCGCAGUGGUGAAACCAGUUCAGUACCAGUACAGCACUGGGCAGAGCUCCUGCAGGAGGGUCUCUCUCAUGAUUGUCAUAGUCUGGAUGCUGGCCUUCGCAGUGUCAUGCCCUCUCCUCUUUGGCUUCAAUACUACAGGGGAUCCCAGUGUCUGUUCCAUAUCCAACCCCAGUUUCAUCAUCUACUCCUCCUUGGUGUCCUUCUACCUCCCCUUCAUGGUGACCCUGCUGCUCUAUGUCCGGAUUUACCUCGUGCUCAGACAGAGGCAAAAGAAGCGAACCCUCUCGCGGCAGGGCAGCCACAGCGCCAGCACCAAACCGUGUUAUGCACACCAAGAACACAUGGAGAGGAAAGCUUUGCCAAACAGAUGCCGAGGCACGUUCUCCCCCUGUCUCUCGCUCAAAUGCGCAGGCCAGGAGAUGUCUACAAAAAGGAGGUUGCUGACUGUCUUCAGCCUGCAGCGGUACCGGAGCUUCUGCCACGAGGCAUCCCUCACCAAGGCGCCAGGGAGCACCCACGAGAGCAGGUGGGAGGAGAGGAGGAGGAGCACGAAGCCAGCGGUGGAGGUACGGAGGCUCAGCAGUGGUAGAACCAUCAGCAGCUUGAGGCCGGCACAGCAGCAGCCCCGGCUGAUCCAGCUGCGGGAGAGGAAGGCUACACAGAUGCUGGCGAUCGUCCUGGGGGCAUUCAUAGUCUGCUGGCUGCCCUUCUUCUUGAUUCACAUCCUGAAUGCCCACUGCCCAUCCUGCCACGUGCCUCCAGGGCUUUACAGUGCCAGCACCUGGCUCGGAUAUGUCAACAGUGCCCUCAACCCCAUCAUCUACACAACCUUCAACACCGACUUCCGCAAAGCCUUCCUCAAGAUCCUCUGCUGCUGACUGCGGGGCCACACCGGGCUGCGCGGGUCUGCAGCAGCCCCCCGGGAGGAGAAAAGGACAGGGACAAGCCAGUGGGUCCCUCAGCUGGGCACAGCCCCGGGGGUGCAGCAGCUCAGCCACCACAGCGCGUCGCUCCUGGAGCUGACGGGCUUGCGGGGCACACGCCGCAGGCGGCAUCUCUCAUCUCGGCUGCCUGCAUGAUGCAAAUGCAUUUGCCCUGCCACAGCUGGAACCUCAGCCUGCAGAAGGCACCCAGCUCAUGCACAGCAGUCCUAGUAAGAGGACGGAACUUGACCUCUUUGAUAAGGACCCUGAUCUCUUCAGUCAGGAGCCAAGAGUGAAAAUUGGGCAAGGAAACUUAGAAAAGGAGCACUGAUGGAGAAGUAACAACUUUCCUGUUGUUUCCAUCAAAAGGUUUGCCCGAAAAACUGGGUCAGUCAAAGUGCUCGAGAAAAUCGCCCUAGUUGCAAAUGAAAUCUUCCCUUGUGCUGCCAGCUUGUAUUUUCCUGCUCCUUGCACGGCAGAGUGGUGGCUGCCCUCCCUCUGGUAGGUCAGCUCACACGAGAAGUGCGGCACAGCCCCGGGGUCCCCUCUCCUCCUGACCCAAGGACCUGUGACAGAUUGGCCACUACUUCACUGCCACACGCCCCAGUGAUCUACAGGGGCCACCAAGAGAACAAGGCUCUUGAUUCAAACCUGUUUUUUCAGCUGGUUGCAUGCUCCCUGUCUCGAAACUUGUUCACUAUCCCUUUGGAACCAAUCUUCACCUGUGCUCCUCUCCUGACAGGAGCCCUGCUGGAUUUAGGGUCUGUACCACCUGGCUGCUGCAAUCGCUCUGGUUACAGCCCAUGCCUGAGGGAGAGCAGUUUCACAACAUUCCUCCCAGUAAGGAGGGGCAUUUGCCUUGGCCUCAGCCCCAGGACUCUCCCUAACAUCCCUUUCCAAUACUCUCGGCAUCACAUAUGGCAUCUGUGCAUCCCAGCAUCCAGGAGCUGGCCAAAUACAGCGCGGCCAUGGUCUCCUUUCCCAGCAGUAUUCUACAAGGCCAUCUCCAGUAGCUCCUGGAUGAGGAAAACAGACAAGUCCUGAUGUACCCUAAGCUGCUCUCACAUCAGGACACUGUAAUGCUCUUCCCCUCAUACGGACAAACCUGGCACAGGCCAGAGAGCCUCAGCACAGUUCUCUCAUUUUGCCCCCUUGCUGUGCUGGAUCAGAGGCUUCUGCUCUCACUCCCAGGACGUGGCUUAGUGUGCUGCCAGCCGUGCUCGUUUGAUAGCUUUGGGCAUAACUCUGUGUGCUGCUCUUGCCUGUGUCCAUGCCACAGCUUCUCCAUCUGGGAAGGGCUUCCUUUCUUUCCGAAUAUGAAGCCAAAGCCAUUGUCCUCUGCCUCCAGAGCACAUAGCAGAGCUCUAGCUGCUGCUUUGGUUUGUCUGGGCUUUGGGAGGAGGAUCUUGUGGGGAGCAUGUGUCAUUUGCCUGGGCAGGUGCCCUCCAUACUGCAUUGUA